AUGGCGUGCGCCAAGCCCUCGGUGCUCGAGAAGCACAUUCGGGCGCACACCAACGAGCGGCCCUACCCCUGUGAACCGUGCGGGUUCCGCUUCAAGACCAUGAGCAACCUCUACAAGCACCGCCGCUCGCAUACGCACACGCGCAAGAUGGAGGAGGUGGGAGCGGACCCGUCGCUCUUCCCCCAGAUGCCGCCCGACGCCGAGGACGACGGUGGCUCGAGUGACGGCCGCGAAGACGGCGCACCUCCGGCGCCCGCGGCCACGCCUAGCAGCGCGCUACCUGGCCAGCAGCCGGAGCACCCCGAGCCCGUGCGCAACAUCUACAAGCCCAAGUUCCACCCGGCCGCCUUCCAGUACAGCGAGGAGAAGGAGAACGGUGCACGCCGACCGGCGUCGUCCGAGUCGGGGCCGGGGCCGGGGCUGGCGCCGGGGCCGGAGGGUCUGACGACGCCCGGUUUCGGCCUCAGUCUCGGCCCCAUGCAGUCGUCGACGCCCAGCCCCGAGACCCUCCAGCGGCGGAUCAGCAAGCUCAUCUCCGAGAACAAGGCCAUCGUGGACGCGGCCGACCCGCUCUGGGCCAAGAAGUACAGCCAGCGCAUCGGCGGAAGCAGCUCACCCGCCGGAUCUGGAGCGCCUUCGCCCGCUCCUUCGCCCGCCCCAUCGCCUGCCCCCGCCGCAGACAGCCCUGCCCCCUCACCGCUGCACAAGAAGUAUCUGUACCGCCAGUUCAGCGGGGAACAGCAGGCCGACUCCAGGCUGGCCCUCGCGCUGACGGGGCAGAAGCAGGGUGGGCCACCCCCGCCCCACCAACUGCCCCUGCUGCACCAGCACCCGUAUCCACAGCACCAGCCGCUGCACCACCAGCUGGUGCCCCACCAGAUGCAGUCCCACCAGCUGCCAACCCACCACCAGCUGCACCAGCCCGCCCACCAGAUGAAGGGCCACCUUUUGCAGGCUCAGCACCUGCACCACCUCCCGCCCGCCACCACCACUGCCCACGAGCCGGACUCGGCCUUCAAGCGAGUGUCUGCCGGCUAUGGCGUGGACCCGCACGGGUCUCACGCCAGCAUCGAUGGCUCAGUCAUCAAGGAUAUCCUGCUCAAGUCGCGGGCCGCGGCGGCGGCGGGCCUUUACCUCCCCGCCGUGGACACCGGCGCCUAUUCCAUGCUGCCGCCGUACCUCCCGGAGAUGUUCGGCGGCCAGGUGCAGAUCCUAGAUAACGCCGCGGGUGAGCCGACCACGCUGCGCAUCGAGCCGUCCGGGCUCAACAUGUCGGACAAGUCGGGCGCGGAUGGCGGCGCGGUGAGCAACGCGGGGGCCUCGCCGCAGCAGAUGGUGGUGACCAUCUCCAAGUCAGGGCUGCAGUCGGGCGGCGGUACUAUCCUACAGCAGGUGCCGGCAUCGGCCGCGAACACCGACACCUCGGCGUCCGGGGCCGAUCACAAGGGCAAGUCGCCGUACAUGAGCGUGGCCGGCGGGAACGGCAUGGCGGACGCGACACACCUCGUCAUGCCCUUUAUCCCCAACAUAACCACGCCCAACCUGUGCAUCAAGGGCAUCCCAGCGCCCUCGCACCUGCCGCUCCACCCUAUGGGAUAUGGGAUGUCCAUGGGCUCGGCCCUCAGCUCCGCUAUGGGGCACCACGUCGCUAUGGGGCACUCGCUGCCGCUCGAUGAUAAGGAUGUCAGUAGAACUGCCGUCACUGAAGCAACAAGAGGGAAUCGCUUUUUGAGGCCCACAUCAUUACCUCUGAAGCCUGGCACAUUCACCCCUAAAAGACAUCUUAUUACUCCUAAUGUUCUAUCUCUUGUUAGCCCUGAGACACCACGACCCAAGAAAUCGUAUGGGCAGUUGUACCUGAACGGUCACGCCUACACGUACUUAGGUCUAAAAUGUUCCACUCGACCAUACUUCUGCACUUUAAACCGUUUGCAACCCACAUAUGUUCCACUCAGUCCAGACCACAACAAACUGUCCAUGUAUUCCAACUGGAAGGUGUAUGACCCAGAUCCUGAUCCAUGUGGUUUGACUCCAAAUCAAAUGAUUGCUCUGUAUGACUCUCGGCAUCGCCCUGCUGAAUAUUCUGUUUCUGGCUUGAAGACAAAUGUGCGAUUGACUCACUCCUCUUACUGGUUGACUCGAGUAAAACAUGAACCUGACGCAGCUCUUGAUGUUGCUGAAGGCGUUAAUGCGCCAAAGAGAAUAAAGAUAUGUGCUGGAGGUUUUGAGUCUUCUGAGGAAUAUACUUACAUACGUGGGAGAGGGCGAGGUCGUUACGUGUGUGAAGAAUGUGGUAUUAGAUGCAAGAAGCCAUCAAUGCUCAAGAAGCACAUACGCACUCACACUGAUGUUCGCCCUUUCACCUGCAGACACUGUAGCUUCAGCUUUAAAACCAAAGGAAACUUGACAAAACAUAUGAAAUCGAAAGCACACUACAAAAAAUGUAAGGAAGAGGGAAUUGACCCUGUUCCCACUGUGGUUGAUGACAGUUACAUUGAUGAAGCCUGUCUUGCAAGACAGCAAGCACUCCGGGGAGAGGGCCAUGAGGAUUCUGACGAUGAUGAAGAUGAGGAGGAUGAUGAUGACGAUGAGGAGGAAGAUGAUGAUGACGAUGAAGCUGAAGAUGACAUUAAAGGAAGACAAGAACGAGAAGCUGCUAGGUCACUGCUCUCUCUUGCUCAAACUCCUCAUCAUUCUCCAAAUAAUGAUCUUACAACUGAGAAAGAAGCUAGAGAAGCAGGGCUUGUGGCCCCUAAAGGAGCUUGCAGUCUCAGCACAUACCCUUAUCAGCUGUCCUCUGAGCAUCCAAGACGUAUCACAUCUUCCAUUCCUGGCACUCCUACACUUGCUCCUAUCAGUGAACACAAGGAAAGGGAAAAGGUGUCUCACAACACAGGUCUUGCCAGAGACAUACAUGAACAGGGUAUACAUCUGGAUGAUGGUGCCAAACCUUUGGCUGAGCUAAAUACAGAAGAUGGACAUCAGCGCUACUAUUUUCCUUCUAGUCGGAUUGUUGGUAGCAGUUCUACGCUAACAGAUACUAUUAAACAAGAGUCAAAGGAUGUUGAUGGUGUAGAUUCAACAAAUAGCGAUGAUACUUCCAGUAAGCCCAAAGGCUCAACCAUCAGUAGUAGAUUACCUUCAGCCUUACUGACAGCUCUGCCCAUGUCUCUCAUGCCUCGCACACCAACCACUCCUAUAUCUGAAAUCUUGACUCCUGUCUCUGAGCCUGCAUUUUUGCUGGCAUCUAUUUGCAGCACAAUGGAGAAGCUUCCUCUUAGUUUAUCAACACCCACGGACCCACCUGAAGACUCUGCCCUUCAUCAGACCUACCUCCGUGAAAGAGCAGUGCAAGAUGCUCGCGUUAAGCAAAGUCAAUAUCACCCAAGAUCAAGAGAAGAGAGGUCUGACAAGGACACUCCAGUUGUAAUGCUGGGAACACCGACCUCUUGCAUUACACCAACUAUGUCUUAUUCAAAUGCCCUCUCUCACACUGACACUGUGCGCACUGUGAUGUGUUCAACUACAUUUACUUCAGUCUCCCAUAUGAUCUCAUCUCAAAAUAGUAUGACUGCCCCAGAGAAUCCUAUUUUGAGGCCUCCCCCUCUCUUGUGGGCAGUUCAGAAAACAUCAAAAAUUAGUGAUAGUGAUCCAAGGCUAGUUACGUCUUCUAACGUUAAAGUAUCUGCAAGUAUAACCAGUGCUUCCUCAUCACUUCACUCAAACUUGACAUCCACCCCACCUCCUGUGUCUAUAAAGCAAGAAAAUGUGCAGUCCCCUGUGAAGCUGGCUCCAGUGCCAUUGACAAUGCAUUCCUCCUCUACAGUGCAAGCCAUAGAUAAAAGAACAAGGACAUUGAGUGAAGCAGACGGUGCAUCAGACAAGACUCUUCCAGGUGAUCAAAUAGCUGGAUCAGAGACAACGGCAGACAUCAAACCAGAAUCUUUUCAACCAUCACCUGUGGGUAGUGAAGAUAAACAGAACGCAACUUUAUCUGUGAUAACAACUGUGUCAGCAAGUGGAAAUGAUGUGUCAUCUGGGAUGCCACUCUCUGAGGAGUCAUCUUCCACUGUAACCACUUCAGGAUCUCGGCCACCUUCUAAUAGUGUUAUUGUAGCAAAUUCUGGCAGCACCUCCCCUCCUCAAACAUCUGGUGCAGUUGUAAAGAAGCCCAAAGCAGAAUUCAUGCCACCAUCCAGUGGCCCUGCUCCUAGCUAUGUCAGUGUUACUGAUGAUGGUCGGAGCAAAUGUACUAUUUGCAAUAAAGUGUUUUCAAAGCCAAGUCAACUCCAUCUGCAUGUGAAUAUUCAUUAUUUUGAACGCCCAUUUCGUUGUGAUGCUUGUGUUGUUUCCUUUCGGACGAGAGGUCAUCUUCAAAAGCAUGAAAGAUCUGUAUCUCAUCACAAUAAGGUGAGCAUGAACUCCACAUUUGGCACCCCAACUACUACAAACCCCAGACCUUACAAAUGUGAUGAUUGUAAAAGUGCAUUCCGGAUUCAUGGACAUCUGGCAAAGCAUUUACGUUCUAAAAUGCAUAUAAUGAAAUUAGAAUGUGUUGGGAAACUGCCUUUCGGAACAUAUGCUGAAAUAGAGAGAGCUGGGUUAAACAUGAAUGAUAUUGAUACAACAGAUUGUGAUAGUUCUCUUGAAAGUCUGUUGGCAUUAGCAAAGAAGUUGGAUCCGUCCAAGUUAAAUCAAUGGAAACAACCAGAAGCCACUGCCAGUGAUAUUGAAGAGUCGUCUGAUGAGGGGGAACCUAUUAUGUUUCAUGGUAUUCCCUUCCCAGACGUUGUUGAUACAGGUGAUGAAGAUAAUGCAACUUCCAACACACCCCAGAGCGAAGCACUACAUCAAACCCAGCAGCAACCACCUCCACAGCCAACCGUCCAACAGCUACAACAAAACCAACUUCAACAUCUACCUCCCCGCAUAUCCUCUCCAAAUACAACACCGCCACAGCAGUCGGGCCCCAGUGCAGUGAAACAAGAUGCUGCAGCGCCCAGGACGAACACGACCGCUGCUGCCGCCGCUGCUGCUGCAGUUGCCGCGGCCGCGGCUGCUGCAUCUGCGCCUGCUUCUCGCGUAUUUUCAGGAAUGCCCGCCGGAGGACAAAAUGUACCACCACCUCCGGGUUCAAAUGGAGUACCUACGUACAUGUCAACAACAGUGAAGAUGGAUGUCCAACCUAGUGACAAACCACCUCUCUUGACGCAUUUGCCGGGGCUGAUAGCUGGAAGAUAUAAUUCAGUCAACUCUCAUUCAAUAAUACUUAAUAAUAAGGACGUCAAUCCAGAAAUUAAAUCUGUUCAAUUUGAAAGGCGGUUAGCGCACAUGGAACAAACUCAUGAUUUACAAGAUAAGACGGCAGAAGGCAGGACAGGAGUGUGUGAAGUACCUAAUAAGACUGACAUUGCCUAUGGGGGGCAGUCUCUUCAGCCCCCUGCACACAGGUGACCAGGACAAGCACUGCUCAAAUCGUGUGUCCUCUUCUUAUGUAUCUUUCUGAUUAUUAUGUGAGGAUAUUCUCACAGUGCUCACAUGUAUUUUUUAGAGCUGUUGGAGUGAGAAAGGAGGUGUUUUAACAAAUUUGUGACAUAUUGGUGUGAUUUGUGUCUUGAAGUAAAAUUUUAAGUUAUUUGAGAAAUACAGUGCAUAAUGAAGAUGUAAUCUGAUAAGUUUCUUAGGAAGUUCUUUAUUAUAUAAUUGUAUUCCUGUAGAGUCAUAAUUUUGUAGUGUUUCAAAUAUGACUGUGGUACUAUGCAACACAGAAUUUGCUUGAGAUGUGAUAGACAAUUUAAAAUUAUUAUUAGUUAAAUUCUCUUUUUGAUUUUUUUAUAUUUUAUCAGACCAUGAUGUUCUUACAGUUCAAAACUCGUUUGUAUACUAUGAAUUCCGUCAUACAAGCCGACCCCCGUUUCUCGAGGUUCCAUAAUAGCAUAUAAGACGAUUUCUAUACGGCGUACAAUAAGCUGAGUUACGAUUUUGACCCCCUCUGAACCGGACUAAAAAGGUCGGCUUAUGUGUUGCAAUUCACAGUAUAUCAAAACUGUAAGUUUUCUACCUUCUGUGGAGAUGAAAGCACAGAAACAUAUCGUGCUUCCAAUGUGAUAUCUGUGCAUUUUUCCUCAACCUUAACAUUGAAGGUUCUGCUUGUGUUACUACAUUACUUUGAUUAGUAUCAUGACCAUCAGCUUCAGAGAUGUGCUGCUGCUUUAAAUUUACUUCAAAAACAUUAGUUUAAGAACUGGCUCUUAAGUUGGGUUUCUUCUGUGCCAAUUACUAAGUAACUGAAAGAAAGACUGAAACAAUUGUUUCAAAUUUAAAUAGUCUGCCAAAAAAAUUCUGACAAUUAUAAGAAGUUAGGCAUUGGUUUCAGUAGUAUAUUGUAUCCCCGUGAGCAAUUGACUUAGUAUGACCAAAGAGCAUAUCAUGUACACAGAUCAUUGAACUCCCCCAAUUUUUGAUGAGUUACUCUUAUUAGAUUUGAACUGUUGGCAAAAAGAUAGUUAUCAAAAGAUGUUCUCCAUUAAUAUCUAUCUAUCUAAACUGUAUCUUUCAACUACUAUUUAUCUGUAGAGAAAAUCAAAGGAAGGGAGUAAGUAUCUAUCUUCCUGUUUGCUGGAUUUCCAUUUCAAUGCCUGCAAUUUUUCUAAACUAGGUUUUUGUCAUGGCUUAUUUAUCAUCUCUAUGUUGCUUGAAAAUAUUACACAUCAGCUGGACCAACAAAUUUAUUCGUAGUUUUCUUCGUACAGAUACGAACCAAUGUGUAUGUAUUCUUAUAUUCUUAUUAUUGAAUGAUUUUUGCUUUAUGUAAGAGCUUCCAUUUUACAUAUCUAAACCAAUAUAUUUUAUUGUUGGUUUAAAUCAGAUCCUUGUCAUUUCAUUUCUCUUUUACAGAAUCAAUGAAUUUUGAGAACACUAGUGUUUAGUAUUGAGAGCUGUAUUGCUCUCUCAAAUUUGCCUUCUCACUUGUCUGUACCAACAGAGAAUGGCCAGUCCAAAGUUCUUUCAAGAUUAUUAUUUUUGUACAAUUAGUCUGUUAGAUGAAAGUAGCUGGCACUUUUUCUUUUGUUAUGCAUUGAUUUCCUUUCCUCAUUUAAAAGGAAAGUUCCUUUGUAGUGUUUUAUCUUCCCAUUUCUCAGUCUCUCCAUGGUCCUUAUUUGAUGGCAAGUUCAUCUGAUACCUGCUGCCUUUGGACCUUAAACAUGUGAUUUUAUUUUUUGUUCAGUUUUUUUUUUUUAAGUGCUUGACCCAGUCAAAAAAGCUCAAUGAAACAAUGUCUAGCAUACAAUAUUGUCCUUUUUUUUUUAACGUCUUAAUAAGUUAUGCAGAAAUUACUUCUUUUUGUGGCUUUGGCUGAGGAAUUGUAGCAUUUUAGAGGCAUGUGAUACAUAUGUUGAUUAGCUGCAUAAGUAUGUAGAUUCUAUAUUAUUUCUUUAGUCUAGUUAAAAUUCUGUCAAGUGUUAAAUGUGGGAUGUCUGCUUAAAUUUGGAGGGUGACAAGUCAUUAGCCUCUUAGUGCUAACUACAAAAUGUAUUAUAUGUAAGCAAGCAGCAUUUUGUUUUAUGUACAUAUGUACAUAGAUGUGUAAUAUACAGAAAGCAGAAAAAUAUUCAGUGUUCAUUGUAUUACUAGCAAUGAAUUUUUUCCUUUUAAGUUAUAGCAUACACAUGCUUACUGUUGUGGUAUAUGCGUACUCUUGUGUCAAAUGAAACAAAUGACUGAUCAGCA